UUAUCACACUGGCGUUUGGCUUCAGGUGCCAGAACUCAUUUGUUGUAGGGUAUCUUCCCCUGAGGAAGAGAGAAAAUGGAUCAGAAUGGGUCUCCUAAUGCUGGUAAGAUUCACCAGAACCGCCUGUCACAUGUCUCUGAGGACGAAGACCAAGAUGCUGCUCUUACCAUUGUGACUGUGCUGGACAAGGUGGCCACCAUCGUGGACAGGGUGCAGGCAAGCCAGAAGAGAAUAGAAGAGAGACACAGGGACAUGGAAAAUGCCAUCAAGUCUGUCCAGAUUGACCUGCUGAAGCUUUCACAGUCACAUAACAACACAGGCUAUGUCAUCAACAAGCUGUUUGAGAAAACCCGGAAAGUCAGCGCUCACAUUAAAGAUGUGAAGGCCCGGGUAGAGAAGCAGCAAGUUCACGUAACAAAAGUUGAAACCAAGCAAGAAGAAAUCAUGAAGAAAAACAAAUUCCGUGUGGUUAUAUUCCAGGAGGAGAUUCGAUGCCCAACAUCCCUGUCUAUUGUCAAAGACAGAAGCCUAGCAGAGAACCAGGAGGAGGAUGAAGAAAUCUUUGAUCCCCCAAUAGAACUCUCAUCGGAUGAAGAAUAUUAUGUUGAAGAAAGCAGAUCUGCCAGGUUUAGAAAGUCAGGCAAGGAACACAUCGAUCAUAUUAAAAAGGCAUUUUCCAAAGAAAACAUGCAGAAGACACGUCAGAAUUUUGACAAGAAAGUGAACAGAAUUAGAACAAGAAUAGUGACACCCGAGAGGAGAGAGAGGUUAAGGCAGUCAGGGGAGAGGCUGAGGCAAUCAGGAGAGAGGCUGAAACAGUCAGGGGAAAGGUUUAAGAAAUCUAUUUCUAAUGCGGCUCCCUCCAAGGAAGCCUUUAAGAUGCAUGGCCUUAGGAAAGCCAAGGACCCUAAGGCUGAAGGUCAGGAUGGGGACAGGGAGAUAGGUGUGGACAUUAUUGCAGGGUCUCAUUCUCUGGGUCCCAUUCAUGAGUUCCACCCUGAUGAGUUUAGCGAAACAGAAGAGCAGGCAGCUAGGGUGGAGUAUGGUCCCCAAGAAGGAGGGGACCUCUCGACCCAUGAGCCUUUGAAGGUGACUUUUAAACCUCAGGUGAGAGUAGAGGAUGAUGAGUCCCUCUUGCUGGAUUUAAAGCAAUCCUCAUAG